UUGGUUCGCCGUCCGUUUCCUGCUGCAGUGAGGAGAGAGGCGUCGAGAUAGACUGGGAAGACUGAGCAACAUCAUAACCUCCACUAACUGUAAUAUACAAUGAAACUGUUACCCACAUUUCCCUCUGUUGAUGUCCGCUUCUUCACAGUCAUACUGCUGGUGAUGGGCCUCUCUACUCCAGGACAACCUGAAAUCACCAGCCUGGACACGGGCAACAUUGACGAUAUCCUCAAUAAUGCUGGGGUGGCAUUAGUGAAUUUUUAUGCAGACUGGUGUAGGUUCAGUCAAAUGCUUCAUCCUAUUUUUGAGGAGGCAUCUAACGUGGUGAGGGAGGAAUAUCCUGACACUAAGCAGGUGGUGUUUGCUCGUGUUGACUGCGACCAACAUCCGGACAUAGCACAGCGGUACCGCAUCACUAAGUACCCAACGCUGAAGUUGUUUCGCAAUGGGAUGAUGAUGAAGAGGGAGUACCGGGGUCAGAGGUCAGUCGCGGCCAUCGCUGACUUCAUCCGCCAGCAGAAGGUCGACCCCGUGAAAGAGAUACUAUCAUUGGAGGAGGUUAAUACUAUAGAUAGAAGCAAGCGAAACAUCAUAGGCUAUUUUGAGAGCAAGGACUCAGAAAACUAUCACACGUUUGAGAAGGUUGCCAACAUCCUCCGAGAUGACUGCAUGUUCUCAGCUGCCUUUGGUGCGGUGUCGGAGUCGGAGCGCUUCAGUGGAGACAAUGUGAUCUACAAGCCAAUGGGGGAAAGCAUCCCUGACAUGGUCUACCUGGGGUCACUCACCAACUUCGACCUGACCUACGCUUGGGCCCAGGACAAAUGUGUGCCGCUGGUCCGGGAGAUCACAUUUGAAAACGGAGAGGAGCUGACUGAAGAGGGGAUCCCAUUCCUCAUCUUGUUCCAUGUAAAGGAAGACACUGAGAGUUUAGAGAAGUUCCAACACGAGGUGGCUCGCCAGCUUAUCAGCGAAAAAGGGUCUAUAAACUUCCUGCAUGCAGACUGCGAUAAGUUCCGCCAUCCACUGCUGCACAUUCAAAAGACUCCUGCUGACUGUCCUGUCAUUGCUAUAGACUCAUUUAGACACAUGUAUGUCUUUCCCGAAUUCAAAGAUCUCAGUGUCCCUGGCAAGCUGAGACAGUUUGUGCUGGACCUUCACUCUGGGAAGCUACACCGAGAGUUCCACCAUGGACCCGACCCCACAGACAGCACGCCCGGACAGGAGGAAACGGGAGGAGAAGUGGCCAGCAGCCCCCCAGAGAGUUCAUUCCAGAAGCUGGCGCCCAGUGAGACUCGCUACACCAUCUUGAGCAGGGACCGCGACGAGCUGUGACCUCAACGGCCUUCCAGUGAUCCUGUGACUCCAUGCCACGCCCCGGGGUCAGGGAGGGGGUUAGGGUUGGGACAGGCCAACGGGACAGAACAGCAACACCCAACACCCUUACUGAAGAGAGCGAGAGAGAAGAGGAGAAGGAAAAGAGAAAAGAGAAGGAGGAGAGAGAGGAAGGAGUACGGUCCAUGACACAACCAUGUUGGAAUAACCUAUAUUUUCAUAACUCCUACACAUACAAUUUUUAUUUUGGAUAAAAUGGAAGAGGGGAGGGGGGAGAAAACCAUGUGUGUGUGGGCAGGCGUUAGGGGCAUUAGGACAUCAAGAGAAGUGUUUUUACUUUUAUUUUUUGGAGCUUGUAAAUAUGUUUGUGCUACGUGGGCGUGUCUGUCAUCAUUGGUCUAAAUUAAAUGCAGAGUUUUCUUUAUUUUAUUCCUUUAUUUUACAUCACCUUUUUUUUUUUGUAGAAAAACAGAACAGUUCCCUCACUCCAGUUCUAUGGUUCCUAUCUGUGGGUAGUCCAGUUCAGCCUGUCCGGUGGGAGACACCUGUGGAUUCUCACUGACCUCUUGGCUGCAUCUCAAUAGGACCAAGUCCAGUCAAAUCCAUUAGCACAAUGUACGAUAACAUGUCUGUUUGGAGUAGCAUCAUCUCCGCACCUUCCCUGUGCACAGAGUUGUGAAAGAAUAGAAAGUAAGAUAUUUUGGUAACAUAAUUGCUAAUCGGGACCCAAGGCAGAAGACAAGGAGAUGCGGCUACUCCAAGCCUAUUGAGAUGCACCCCUUCUCUUCCUGGUACUAAAUUGUUACAGAUUAUGAUGUAUGAUGUCACUGAUUAGCCAUAGAGCCUCUAAGCUGUGCUCCCAGGAAUCAAAUAGACCGAAGAAAAAUGUUUUGAAGUGAAGGUGUAGUGCAACAUGAACACAAAUCUAUGAAAUGACUGUUUUUUUUGUUUAGCUGUUGUAACAUAUGUCUUCAUGCUGGGGGACAAAGUCAGCAUCCUAAAGCCUGAGAGAUAAAGGGGAGGGGGAAAGCCCUGUGUGAUGAGAAGCAGAAUAUUUGCGGUCUGGGACUUUUUACUAGUUCUCUUAAAAUGGUUUUGUCUACAUUUGUCCUCAUGGUUUUGGUACAAGUCUAGUUCCUCGAGGUCUGAUCACUUUGAUUGGAUCCAGCAGAGGCCAGAAAAGAGUAUUGGGACCCAUUUGCCAAGUUUGUACUGUACUGUGCGUCCUGCCCUUCCAUAGAGGCCAACAGAAGCCUGCAUAGUGACAUAUCAGCCCACAUACAGGAGAGGAAUGGAGGGGAGGGUUGAGAUGGAAGAAAGGUGAUGCCAUUUUUAAAUUCAGUCAUCUCAGAGGGGGAGAAGAAUCAAAAAAAUGGAAAAAAGUAAAUUAAAAACCAUUUUACAGGA